UGGCAACCGGCAUGGCCCGAGUGCUUUUGCGUUUCGCGCUCCUCAUCUCCGGACAACUGUUCGUUCUGCGUGGCGAAGGAACUUCGGUGUUUGAAUAGCUUUUAGGGAUUCCUGCGGAAACAACUAGCAUGCCACUACAAAUGCCGGUAUGGCGACAGCUGGGCCGGCCUGUCAGUGACCUCGGAAGGAGAGGCAUCAGCAGCAGUUGUGGCAAACAGAGAAGGGUCGUCGUCACCGGUCUGGGCAUGGUCACGCCUUUGGGGGCUGACGCCAAGACGUCGUGGAGCCGGCUCAUACAGUCGCAGAGCGGCAUAAGUCGGCUGGGAAAGGAGUUCGACGGUAUUCCCUCCAAGACAGCAGGCCGUGUACCUACCGAUGCGUCUCAAAACCCGUCACCGUUUGACGUACAUAAAUUCGUUUCCAAGUCGGAGCUGCGGAGCACCUCAUUGGCAACUGCGUACGCUCUGGCUGCAGCCAAAGAAGCGCUAGAUGACGCCCAGUGGCACCCGGAUUCGGACACUGACUGCAGAACAACGGGAGUAGCAAUCGGCAAUUGCAUGUGCGACCUGGAAUAUGUUGUCGACACCGGGAUGGCGUUAAGAGAACAGGGCUUCAAAAAGAUUAGCCCGUUUUUCGUUCCGAGGAUUCUCACGAACAUGCCGUCUGGGCUUGUCAGUAUUCAGCACAAGUUGAAAGGGCCCAACCAUUCAGUUGCGACGGCGUGUACGACGGGCGUGCACGCCAUAGGGGACGCGUUAAGCUUUAUACAGCGCGGAUACGCUGACGUCAUGGUCUGCGGUGGCACAGAAGCCAGCGUGUCGCCCAUGUGCGUUGCUGCCUUUGCAAGGAUGAGAGCUCUGAGCACCGCCGAGGACCCUGCCGCGGCGUCGAGACCUUUCGACAAGAACAGGGACGGCUUUGUUGUAGCCGAAGGGUGUAGCAUUCUCAUUCUGGAAGAACUGGAACAUGCGAUUGCCAGAGGAGCAAACAUUCACGCCGAGGUUCUAGGAUACGGGCUCUCUGGGGACGCGUUUCACAUCACGGCAGCAGCCAAUGACGGCGCAGGUGCGUUCGCCUGCAUGGAGUCCGCGCUGAGAAACGCUCGUGUCAACGUCCAGGAGGUUGGUUACGUGAACGCUCACGCCACGUCGACGCCGAUUGGGGAUGCCGCCGAAGCACUGGCGAUCCGCCGUCUGCUAGGCGACAACUUUAACAAAGUGGCGGUGUCCGCUACCAAAGGCUCCACGGGUCACCUCUUGGGAGCAGCCGGCGCCACGGAAAGUGCGUUCACGGUACUCGCUGUUCGCGAUGGAGUGAUACCACCUACGCUAAACCUCGAAUGCCCAGAUGUUGGUGCCGAUCUCAACUUUGUCGCUCAUCAGUCGGCACCUUGGAGAACUGAGAACGCGACCAGAAGGGUUGCGAUUAAGAACUCUUUCGGAUUUGGGGGCACGAACGGUUCGCUUGUUAUAGCAGAGUACAGGCAAUAACACCGUUUAUUCUAUUAUGUUUUUAGUGUUUCGAAUUUUCGCACGUUUGAUGCUAGCGCAUAGUGUGUUGUAAGAUGCGCAUUAUUAAAAACACGCAUGUUUUCA